GCACAGUGUCUCUUCCCCUAGAGCUAGCCGCGCCGCGCCUGAAGCUAACUAGUAAAACUAUAGCUUUAAUUUUAAACUUUUACGUAGCAAGAGUAGCUUACUCAGUUUAUUAUUAAAUUAUGAUUAGAUGAUUUCUUAUUAAAAUGUCUCAAAGAGAACGUUUGGAAGCGUUUUUACAACACGAGGAACAUCUUCGGGUGUUGGCUACGAACGGUGAAGAUGGAUUUCUGAAGGAAUUCAUGGCACUCAAGCAGCAGUCUAUGAGGUAUAAGACAGAAAAGACUUACCCUUCUCAGGAAGGGGAACGUGACUGCAACAUACGCAAAAACAGAUACAAAGAUAUAUUGCCAUUUGACUACACUCGUAUUGUACUACCCGAGACAGAAGGUGUUGAAGGAUCAGACUACAUCAAUGCUAACUACAUCAAGGGGAUUGAUGGUAAGAAUGUGUAUAUUGCAGCUCAAGGUCCUUUACCGCACACGGUCGUUGACUUUUGGCGUCUUUUGUGGAAUACAGGGGUGGAGGUGGUUAUCAUGGCCUGUAACGAAUUUGAAAGUGGAAAGCACAAAUGUGAGAAGUACUGGGCUGAUGAAAAUGAAUCAAAAGAAUUUGGAAAUGUUACAGUGAGCUUGAUUAGCCAGUUGAGAGUAACUCAGGAUUUUAUGAUUCGCACACUGAAAGUCAGCAAUCAAGAGCAAGAGAGGGUGCUGAAUCAGUUUCAUUAUACAGCCUGGCCUGACCAUGGUGUGCCUAAGACAGUCCAGCCUAUCAUGGACAUGAUCCAGCUAUUCCGAGAGUAUUUGCCAAAUGAAGACAACCCUGUUGUCAUGCACUGUAGUGCUGGUUGUGGACGCACAGGUACAAUGAUCUGCAUUGAUUAUGUGCGUGCUCUUCUGAAAGCAGAAAAAAUUGGACCGGACUUCUGUCUGUAUGACAUCAUCAUGGAAAUGAGGAGGCAAAGACCUGCCAUUGUUCAGACCAGGGAUCAGUAUGAAUUAGUGCACAGAGCAGUGGCCUGGCUGUUCAGAAAGGCAUUGGGUUUGGCACCCAACCCUCAUGACUAUGGUCAUCUCUAUGAAAAUGUGAAAUUACAGAAUGAGGGACCUAGAAUGCCACCUGGUGCAGGUAAUCUCAGCCCAGAUAUCAGAUCAACACAGCAAAUUAAGUUAAGUCCUAAGCAACGCCGGCAAAAAGAUAAAGAACAGGACCAUGGCCACAACUAUGUCAAUCAUGUCAUUCAAGGAAAGGUAUCUGAACAAAGUCCAUCUCCAACAGCUACUGGGAUGAAGAUCCUGAAGCCCCCAUCAUUACCUACCAAGCAACAACUUGAUACAGAUAGCAGCCAAACAGUGUCUGCUAAUUCCCUAGAGAAGGCAGAGACAGAAGGAAAAAUGGAGGAAGAUGCUUCAUUGAGUCCUGCCCUCACUCCAAAACAAAGCCCCUUGGCCCAAGAGAGAUUUGAGAGUGGUUACAAGAACACAUUAGCUGCCUUCAAGGAAUUUGAGGAACCUCCUUCAAAAGUCAGAUCUACACCUCCAAAAUCAACGGAGCAGGUAAAACCAACUCCCCGUGCAAGACCUGUGCUUCCAAUAUCAUCUUCAAGGUCAUUGGAUCUUGACUCUGACAAGCCAAUUUCUCCUUCCAAACCUCCACUGAGUGAUAAGCCUGCCAUUGGAGAGAAACCAGUCAAAGGUUUGCAAUCAUCACGCCCACUUCUGGCCAUGAAACCAGCUGUUGUGAGGAAGAAAGACACAGGCAGUGGAGGCAGCCCUCAUGGAACAAGCCCAUUCUCUGGACUGAAAAGAAGGCCAACGAGUGAACCAGUCCAAGAUCAUGAGAAGGUGCAGCACUUGGGAACAGCACAGUUCCAACGGGCCAAGAAUGUAGUCAAGGCUACACUGGGAAACACAGACGGAGAUGAUAAUAAGGAAGGGGAAGUCAAAAAAGGCAAGGAAAGGAGAGACUCUAAAGGUAGACCUUCCUCUGCCCCUCCCAAACCACCAGCCGGCAUGAAGCCAGUGAGCAAAUCUGAUGCAAGUAAACACCAAUCUUAUGAAGUAGUGGGUAUUACUUCACCUUUGGGAAAAGAUGUAACUUCUAAUGAGAAGCAAGAAGUUGCCAAAGCGUUUCAGUAUCAGAUCCAGCCAGUAGCAUCAGUUAAACUCCAAUCUCAUAAAGAUAAGGUAGAUGCAAAGUCACCCACAAAACAGAAUCUUCCUCAAGCCAAAUUCAGCCAGAAAACAGUUGACUUAUCUAGACCUCCACAACCUGUUCCCGAUAGUGACAAGUCAGAAUACACAUAUGCAGUCCAACCUGUGAGUGUUAUUGAAAAAUUAAAAGAUGCCCAAUCUAGACCACAACUCAGAACUGGACAAGCUCUUUCAUAUUCAUUAGCCUACAGCGAUCCUGCAGAUGGUGGAAAUCCCAUAGAGCCCAAAAAAUCAUCCAGAAUACUGGAUGAUUAUUCCUAUGCUUCAGAAGUGAUUAUUCCUGUUACAGCAAGUAACAGUAAGGAUAUCACAGACAGGAAGGGCAGCGCACAAUCCAUGGCUUAUGAGGUCAUCCAAGUUGGUGGUCCACCAGGUCGUAGGUCAUCAGAAGGGACAGGUCAAGAUGAAAUGCCUGUAUUUGAUAAAGCCCCAGGGGAGUACAAUGAGCCAAACAUUCUUUCAAGUCGACAUGUGUCUGAACAGAGCUCUUUGGGGCAGAACCGUGAGUCUGUGUUAAGCAGUAGCACCUCCUGGGCUUCCUUCACUGAUGAUGAAUAUGAUGAUUCUGGGAUGGAUGAGCAUCCCCCAUCCAUUCCCAUCAAGACAUCUGCAGCAUAUCAGUACGUUGAUGGCACCGGUGUGGAGGGAGAUGAAUCUGGAGCUGGAUCAAG